AAGAAAACUUCAGAAUUGAAUCCUCCAUCGGAUUCGGCAUAUAGUCUAGAUGAAAAAGAGGACAUUGAUAUCAUUGGCUCUCCGUCGUCCCCCGGAACACUUAAACUGGAGGCUCUUGAUGAUGAUCUGUUGUCAACUGCACAACCGGCUACCGAUACACCUGUUGGUGCUGGAGACGAGCCCAAACAGCCCGGACAAGAACGCCGUCCGCGUAAGAAAAAAUAG